AUGUGCGGACCAGCCACGCCCAUCAUCCCUUUCCCCUUUCCCGUUCUAGUCUCACUAACAAGGCUGCCUAUAUAUAAUAAAGCGGCUGUAUAUGAAGAUGAAGAUCACUUACUGGUAAGAAAAGCCAGUCCACUGACCAGAACAACUAGCCCCGCAAAUACAAUUAUGUCGUUCGUCCCCAUUGUAUGUGGUACGAGGAGUUUCGACUCUUCAUACGAUUCUGUGCCCGCACACCAGAAUCUAUACUGUCCGAACUGCCACAAUUUCAGCGUGUGCCCCAUCAAGAGAAAAGAGUUUUUCACCGUCUGGUUCAUACCGCUGCUUCCUGUGUUCUGGGGCAAACAGCUGCAUUGUCCCAUCUGCAAUUGGCGACAAGACUUCAAAAACGAAGAACAGCUCAACAAAGUUAUCCAAGAGCAACAGAACAUGCGACAAAAGCAGCCCAGCUAA